AUGGACCAUAUAUCUACUAUUGCCAAAAAGACUCUCCAUCUUGCAGAAACCAGAACGAGCCCAUCACAGAUGGAGAAGACUAUUUCUGAUAUACUUAAUGAUGCAAAACAGAUUGUGGUGAGGCUCAAUGACAAAACUUCAAGUGAGCCUAUCAGCAAAGAGAGAAUGAGCAGACCACAGGUACCACAGGUACCACAGGAGAUCAUAUUUGACAAAGUUCAACUAUCCAAAGAAACAGGUUCAUUAAUGAAUGCCAGUAGUGGUGACUCAAGCAAGGAAGAUGCCACAAGCAUCAGUGCUGUUUCCACAAGAUCUGUGUCUGAUGGGCAGAAAAUAUUGUCUGAAAUUCAAGAGGAGAAACAAACACUAGAAGAAUUAAAACUUCAUAUGGACGAAUCCCUCCCAAUCUUACCUGAUGUGGCUAAUAUCCAAGAAUCUUCAGAGGAAGACAGAGAUUAUUUUAGAGAUGAGUCUUCAAGAGGCGAAGACUAUUUCACGUCAUUAGCUUCUCUGCCGAGCAACCUCCAGGCAAAGAAGAAUGUUCUGGAAAAUAUCAGAGGUGCCAAGAACAACAUCAGAAAACUCUCAUACCAGCUCUAUGAAGCAAUUGAAUUGACUUGUCAAAGCAAGGAUCGGCAGAAUUACCAUAAGGCCCUAUUUAAUCUGUGGAUCGACUGGAGUAGGAGCUUGUCCAAAAAUGUGGAUGAUACACAGCUCCUGGAAGCCCUGACUCUGGAUUUGUUCCGUAGCAUUUCCCUGAAAUUACACUUGGCCUUCAUGGACCUCAUGCCUAAAGUCCAAGGUCUCCCAAGCAGCCUACAAGACAAACUCCAACAGGCCUGUUAUGACAUACAGGAGCUCCAUAUCACCUUUUCCCUAUGUGGUGGGUUUGAAGAUCUAGACAAGCAUUAUCUGACCCAGAGCCAGUUUAAGUUGACUCAAGCCCAGGGAAGCAUAGAAAAAUUGUAUUGUUUCUUAGAAGAUAGUAUUCCUUCUAGUUGGAUUGUAGGACCCCUUUCCUCCUCUGAAUAUCCCUUAUCAGAGGUGGUGAAACUCCCUGAACAAAAAUCAUCUUGA